AUGAAAUUAAAUCAUACUUAUUCUCAGCUAAAUUUCAUCACAGAACCACCUUCGUACCUGGUAGCUACCACAUCCUCUGGCGCUCUUAAGCUCCAUGCCGGUAUUAUAAAGGACGUUGGGACGUCCAUACCUGUCGGCAGUAAUGGACAAUUAAUCAGUAGCGCCACCAAGGGCUGUGUGGCACCUCCCGACCCGUUCUUCACCGAGAUGGAGCGCAAGAUACAGAGUGUACAGGACAGUUCACCAGAAAUCAUCACGGCACAGGUUGUUGUUAGCAAGCCCAAGACUCCGGGUCAGAUACAGUCCACACACGGUACGGUACCAGCCGGGGCGAAUACUAUAUAUAUGGACCUGGACGAUAGUUCCGAUUCAUCUCAGAGUACCGAACAUAUCGAGGCCUCGCGUGCACAGAGCAAUGGCGUCAAAUUGAUUUCAGGACCAGCUAGUACCUGUAGCUCGACAGAGGUCGACACUAGUGCUCAUGAGUCGUCUGGGGAUAGUGUUACUGGGUGUACGGAUGCGCAUACGCAUAUGGAUGGGAGUGGCGCACAAAGGGACACACAAAGGACACCUUCGGACUAUGUGCUGACUAGUGGUUCUGUGGACUCCGAAGCGGCGCAUGAUGAUUCUGUAUGUGUUGACUGUUAAAAAUGUAGGUUGUGGAUUGGAGGCCAUACACAGGAAUCUGCCUUAAAUCUGAUAUAUGAUGAGGUAAACACAUGGCUAUAAUGGUACGUAGUAAAGUCUCAGGCUGAUUUCGCGGAUGUACUGCCAACGUCACCGCAGAAAGUCGGCCGAGGAUUUGCAUGGGAUGCAAACCUGGCAAGAAUAUCCCAAUAGCAUUUUGGGUUGUUUGUAAUAUUCUGAUACUAAACUUGUUUCGCAUCUGAGACCCUUGUUCCAGAGACCUGGCCAGUAACCACACAUGUCUAUACUGCAUGAUGGUUGUGCUCGUGGCCCUUAAGGCUAGUCAGACACUUGUAUUUAUGUUCUGCAAUAACCGAAUUUCUUACUACGGCCUUUCUCCGUGCGAGAGAGCAUGUGGUUUGU